AUGGAGGGCUCCUAUCACGACCCGACGGAGGGUUCCUUGGCAGAGCUGGACCACGGUCAUACGAGUGCCCUCGGCAGGGCACGGCCACGACGACAUGAUGACGAAGACGAGGGCUCUGAUAUCCUCGAGGAGGAUGAUCUGGAAAGCACCGUGGGCGUCCCCGCUAAUGGGAACCAGAGGAACCAGGGGAAUGCAGAGGAAGAGAAGGAGCUUCCUGCUCAUGCCUGCGCAUACUGUGGCAUCCACAACCCCAGCAGCGUGGUGAAAUGCCUUUCCUGCAACAAGUGGUUUUGCAGUGCCCGUGGCAACACCUCCUCUUCUCACAUUGUCAACCACCUUGUUCGAGCUCGUCAUAAGGAAGUCCAGCUGCACCCAGCCUCGUCACUUGGCGAUACCAUUCUGGAGUGCUAUAACUGUGGUACCAAGAACGUUUUUCUUCUCGGUUUCAUUCCGGCAAAGUCCGACACGGUGGUUGUUCUUCUCUGCCGCCAGCCCUGUGCGUCGAUGCCUUCAUCGAAGGACAUGAACUGGGACACCUCCCGCUGGCAGCCGCUUAUUGAAGAUCGCUCAUUUCUCCCGUGGCUCGUGGGGGCGCCGACUGAUCAAGAACAACUCCGAGCGCGACAUCUUAGCCCACAACUCAUUGCGAAAUUGGAGGAAAUGUGGAAAGAAAACUCUCAGGCCACUUUGGAAGAUUUGGAGAAGGCCACAGCGGUGGAUGAUGAGCCUGCGCCGGUCCUGUUGCGCUACGACGACGCUUUCCAGUACCAAAAUAUCUUUGGACCUCUCGUCAAAAUCGAGGCUGAUUACGAUCGCAAGCUGAAAGAGUCGCAGUCACAGGAUGGGCUCAUUGUGCGUUGGGACCUCGGUCUCAACAACAAGCAUCUUGCCAGUUUUGUCCUUCCGAAGCUCGAGCUGGGCGAUGUCAAGUUGGCCGUUGGUGAUGAGAUGCGUCUCAAGUACAAUGGUGAGCUGCGCUCGAAGUGGGAAGGAGUGGGCUAUGUCAUCAAGAUUCCCAACAACCAGUCCGACGAGGUCACUAUUGAAUUGCGCGCCAAGGGCGAACACAAGUCAGUGCCCACGGAAUGCACGCACAACUUCACUGCCGACUAUGUCUGGAAAUCGACAUCGUUCGACCGCAUGCAACUUGCCAUGAAGACAUUUGCAGUGGAUGAAUUGAGUGUUUCGGGCUAUAUCUUCCAUCGCCUUCUCGGUCACGAGGUUGCCGCGGCUCCGAUGAAAACGCAAAUUCCCAAAAAGUUCAGUGUCCCGGGGUUGCCUGAUCUAAACGGCAGUCAAAUCAACGCUGUGAAGAGUGUCUUGCAGCGGCCGCUGAGCUUGAUCCAGGGUCCCCCUGGAACUGGUAAGACCGUGACAUCUGCUACGAUUAUCUACCAUCUCGCCAAGAUCAACGGAGGCCAGGUGCUGGUGUGUGCUCCGUCGAACGUUGCAGUUGAUCAGCUCUGCGAGCGAAUCCACAGAACGGGUCUGAAGACAGUGCGAGUGACAGCCAAGUCUCGAGAGGACGUGGAGUCACCCGUCGGGUUCCUUUCUCUGCACGAGCAAGUCCGCAUGAAUGACAGUAAUAUCGAGUUGGUGAAGCUCAACCAGCUGAAGUCGGAGUUGGGCGAGUUGUCUAGCCAGGAUGAAAAGCGUCUCAAGCAGCUUACUCGGGGCGCAGAGCGUGAGAUCCUCACCAACGCGGAUGUCAUUUGCUGCACUUGUGUUGGUGCAGGUGAUCCUCGCCUUUCCAAAUCCAAGUUCCGAACUGUUCUGAUUGAUGAGUCGACUCAAUCGGCGGAACCUGAGUGCAUGAUUCCGCUUGUCUUGGGCUGUAAGCAAGUGGUACUGGUUGGUGACCAUCAGCAGCUGGGGCCCGUUAUCAUGAACAAGAAAGCAGCCAAGGCUGGUCUGAACCAGUCUCUUUUCGAGCGACUAGUCAUCUUGGGCUGCUCUCCCAUUCGUCUGAACGUCCAGUACCGUAUGCAUCCGUGUCUGUCCGAGUUCCCGUCGAACAUGUUUUACGAGGGCUCGCUGCAGAACGGUAUUACUAUCGCUGACCGUGUCCGCCGUGACGUUGAUUUCCCUUGGCCCAUCAUUGACGACCCCAUGAUGUUCUGGUCGAACUUGGGCAACGAGGAGAUCUCGGCCUCGGGAACCUCGUAUCUCAACCGCACUGAAGCUACUAAUGUCGAGAAGAUUGUCACGCGCUUUUUCAAGGCCGGUGUGCAGCCCAAGGACAUCGGUAUCAUCACCCCGUACGAGGGACAACGGAGCUACAUCGUUAGUUCGAUGCAGGCAAACGGCACCUUCAAAAAGGAGCAUUACAAGGAAAUCGAAGUGGCAUCCGUUGAUGCAUUUCAGGGUCGAGAGAAGGACUACAUCAUUCUGUCCUGUGUGCGAUCGAACGACCACCAGGGUAUUGGCUUCUUGAGCGAUCCGCGUCGUCUUAACGUUGCCCUCACCCGAGCUAGGUUCGGUUUGGUGAUCCUUGGUAACCCGAAGGUGCUGUCCAAGCAUCCUCUGUGGAACUGCCUGUUACAACACUUCAAGGAACGACACUGUCUUGUGGAGGGACCCUUGUCCAACCUUCAAGAGUCGCUGAUCCAAUUCAGUCGGCCUAAGCACGCUUACCGCGGCCCACAGCGCUUCCAGAUGUCUUUCAACCAAGGAUCCAACCUGAACAACGGCGCCAUGAACGGUCGCAACGGUCAUCGCAAUGAGUUCCAUGACUCGGGUUCUGUGGUCGGCUAUAUUCCUGACGAUGUUUCGUCGGUUCACUCUUCCGCCCUUGGUGGUGUUGGCCUUCCCUCUGGGUACCCGCCGAUGUUCCAGAGUUUUGGCGAUGCUUGGCCUUCGAUUUCUGGAGGACGCCGGGCCAACGGUGGCCGAGCAAAGGGUGCGCCCAGCGUUGCUGGGGAAUCUGUUGCUGCUACCGAGUCUGACGUCACUGGAAGCAUUGUUGACGGAAGAAGUGUCGACCAAGGGGGUGUGAGCCUCGCGGGUUUGAGUAUCAACGAUAUGAACAAGCAGACCAGCCUCAGUCAGUCCGAUCGGCUGAAGCGCUACGUGGAGUCUGGCGGACGCGAACCUUACCGGGGUGGUGUUCCCGACAGCGGCAGCAUCUUUGGAGGCAGCUCUGCCAGUAUCCGUGUUACUCGCGGCGCUCCGGGCCACAAUGUUCAUGACGACGACGAUGCCCGCAGUGUUUCCACCGCAUUUGCCAGCCAGGUCGGCGGCAACUACGACUGA